UCGAUGACGUUUCGGCUUCAGAAUUCAGAGUAAAAAUAUCAAAAUAACGAAGUUUAAAAAUUAGAUUUGAUUUAUUUUUAUACGUGGACUUAAACGAAGCAUUUGUUUACUAUUUAAUUUUCUAGACUUUAAACAAGACAAGAAAAACUAACAUAAAUUUUAACAUGUAUUCAUGAUUGACGAUAAGUUGGGAAGCGAAAUGUCGAAGGCUGUGCUAAUUUCGGAGUGUAACAAGGAUUUGGGUGGUGUCAAGGAUGAUAUAUGUCUUUCGCCAAAUGAUAAAAAAGAUGGGGCUAUUAGUUUGUUUAGUAGACUUUUACGGUUAGACGGUUUGAGUAAAAGAAUAAACAGUGCGGAUAGCUCAACGGCUGUAGAACCACCAAUAUCAUACUAUGGAGUUUAUAUUCCCUGUGAGGCUAAAAAAGGCCCAGAUGAAGAAGCUUUACAUGUUUAUGAAAACAGAUCGGAGGCAUUGGAGUUGAUGAAAAGAUUCAAAUUGGCAAGGUUGAAAGUAUUCCGUAACCGCCAGGAUGCACUGACAUUUGCUCUUAGAGGAUCCGAACCAACUGAAAUACAAGAAGGGAAUGGAAAUUCUGUUGUCGCAGAGAAACCGUAUCCUUUCAAAGCGCCAUCUCCUCAAGAAAUGGUGGCGCUGAGGAAGGCGAUAGAAGCACGACGGAUAGACACAGUCCGGGACAGAAUAUGGGGCAAUCCUAGAUAUCUUGUGAGCAGUGGAAAUACACCAGCUAUUGUACAGGAAGGUUCGCGAUACAACGCCCUGCACGUGGCAGCUAAAGUGAAGGACCCCGACAUUUGUAAUUUGAUUUUGACGAGCGUGGGCAACCCUGAGUUUGUGCAGACUCUAUAUGGAAGCGAUACUGAUAUUGAAGCGUGUAAGGAAUUUGCAAUCAUCCUCUUGGACCUAUACCUCAACACUCCGGACAAGGCGAUGAAUGAGACUCCGCUACACUUCGCGUCCAAGUUCGGCGCCGAGGAAGUUGUGGAUGUUCUGACGUCAUUUCCGCAGUGCAACAAGGCUGCUAUAAAUAAACACGGGCAAACGCCCAAAGAUGUAAUAUGCCAGCGCGUGCCAGAGUGCGGUGCGGUGACGUCAGCGAACAUUGCCCGCAUGCUGAGCGAGCGGUACUACGUGCCCGUGUGGCACGCAGGUGACGGGUCGGCCCCGCCUACUGUGGGGCGUGUCUUCACACCCGCCGAGCCGCCGGAGUUGAACCAGGACCCGUUAUCCCCACGGUAUGAGAUCCGCGCGUUCGCUGGACCCAUGGAGGAGAGGGACGCGGAAUCGUUCCGGCGACUGUGGAGGACUCCGCCCCGCUCUCUCAGACCUCCGACCUUCAGACUUAAAGAAAUCACGAAGGGAUUGGAAACUGUUGGGAGGACUCUAGCGGAACAAAUGAAUGUCGGAUGGAAAGAGUACUGGCCGUUUUUGGACACAUUUACCAACCUGCGUUCCAAAGAGGGCUUGAAACUGCUCGAAGAAUAUCUUAAAGCUAAAUAUGAUGCUGCUUAUUCAUUUGCCUACACUGACAACUGCAAAACACAAUCGCCAGUCGAUCUGUCUCUAUCCAGGAUAACUUUGAAUAACACGCAGAAUAGCAUCAAAUGUGACGCGACGUUAAGCCCGAUGUCGGAGCUAUGCGUCGCAAUGAAAACGUGUACGAUAUCUGAUCGUCCGCAUUGGAGGAAAACCGAUCCGAUCCGACAAAGACUAUGUCGUCAACCGACUGCCAAACUUGUUGCUAACGGUGAAACAUCUCCUCAAGUCAAUCACACCGUUAAUCAGCUCCUGUGUAUUGAAAGAACUUGUCAAGUGUUUGCUAAAAGAAUAGCAGAUGCCCUGAUCUUCUCACUGACAGCGGAACCAGAAGUAGCUGGUGAAUCUCUAAAAUCUGAGGCGAAGCACUUACAGAAUACAAUUCAUACAUAUAUGGACGAUGAAAGAUUUAAAUCAAUAAAUUUUGCUUUAAUUCACUCCCGGUUGGCACAAUUAGUGAUAUACAAACUUAAACAGCAAACAAUAGAUUUGGAUGAUAUAAAUAAUUUAGUGGAGUUCCUAGUGAAGCUGCGGUGUCCAAAUGAUGAUAUAUUCAGUUCUGAUGAUGAAAGGAAUUCCAAUAGUCGCCGGAGUAAGAGCAAUAUUGAUGGACAUGUUCGCUGUGUUUCUAGUUAUUUGUGUGAGGAACUAACUGAUUGUGAGGUGACUAAGCCACCAGCUGUGUCGGAGAGUGAGUGUAGUGAGAUAUGGGAGAAGGCUUCUUCGUGUGGUUGCGAUUGGAGGAUCCAAUUGUUUGAACGAAAUAGUAAAAAGAAUGCCUCGUUUAGGAAGAAUCGAUCAAUACUGUCAACUAGUCCCAAGACUGAAAGUAUGAUCAGGAGAUUGGUGUUUGAUCAUGAUAUUGGUGACGGGGCACAACAGAGCUGCACCGAGCAAGCUAUCAGCGUCAACUCCCCGGCAGGUGACAACGCCGCAACCUGUACGCUGGACGUAUCCAAGUGUGAGGUGAUCACCGCUGAGAUAUCAGAAGACGAUUCUGACGAGCCGGGUAAUUCAGACGAGGAAGAGUACGUGACGGCGCCGGAGAGUGGUGAAGAUGGUGAUGAUGAAGACGAGGAGGUGAUGGAGGAUGCGACCGAUAGAGCUCUUGCUGAGGCGUUCAUAUAUGGCGAGGAGCCGACCAAAAUGGAUCGGCUGGUGUACGACGCGAUAUCGAGCUGCGACAUAUCCGUGACGGAGUUCCCCUACGUGUUCCGCUGGAGACACACCAUAGCUCUCUACACCCCGGAAGAGAGAACCAGUUGGGUGGGUACUUGUAACUUGGAAGACAGCAUAUCGACGACUUUCUCACCGCGCACGCCCUGCCGGCAGUACCCACACCCCGUCAUCACCCCGUACGGGAGCUCCACCCCGACAUCCUGCAGCACUCCGAAGAAGGACGCGCACGGACUCAAGGAGGACAGGACCGUGUCCUUACAGGUCUCAAACUGGCUAAGGGUGACCGGACCUAACUCCCCACGCUCGUCGCUGGCAAGCAAGAGCGCCGGACACAACGUGAGCUUCGGUUUCUGAGAUACACCCGAGUAAACAUAAUUAUUGACUUAUAACGCGUAAUAAUGGACCGAGGUAUAAUGAAGCUUUCAAUCUUAAACAUAACUAGUAUGGCCUUCUCGCGGUGCUAAUGAAAGCGGUUAAAUAAUCGCUGAAGUAAAAUAAUUUUCAAUAAGUUCGUAAUAUGUACACAUAAUUGCAAGCAUACGAGUGUAGAAAGAAUAUUACUCCGACUUGUGUUAUAUUCGACAUUAAAUUUCUUUAUACAAAUUAUUGCAAAUUUUAUACAUUGACAAAUUUAAACAAAAUCCUUAUCAUAUUUUAGUUAGAAAUGUUAAAAUUAAAUGACUUCAAAAUCUCUCAAAUAAUCUCAGUUUAGACGAUAUACUAAAAUAUUAUAUGUUUUAGUAGUUGAAAUAAUUUGAUAGUCUUAUGAUGCAGAAAGAUUGUAUGUUAUGUGCCAUGAUUGAUGAUAGCAACCAUAUCUUUGUCCAUUAUUACACUAUUAGGACAGCUGAGAGAUGACAAAACGAAUUUUAUUAUGUAGUAUAAUUAUCCUCUGGUCCUUCUUUCUUCUUCUCAGUCUUAAUCGCUAGUUUUAUAUUAGAUAUUGCUUUGAUUAUGUUUAUUAGAUGUUAGGGAAUAUAUUUUUAUAUCUAUGAUUGUAAAAAAAACUAAUUCAUCCUACUCUAAAUUAUCAAUAUUUUCUAAAGUAUAAAGUAUUUUAAUUACACGUAGACUGUGUUGACUAAUGUUUACGUAAAUUGACAAUGGAUAUUAUAUUUUUGUUAAUUAUUAGUCAAUUCUAAAAAGAAUCCGAAAUUACUCCUAAACUACAAAAUAAGCGAUCAAUAAUUUUGGAGCCAUUUACAAUAUUUACCAGAAUUUGAUUUGCUUAGUAUGUAUUGAAAACAACAAUGCAGAACUCUGAAACUGUUUCGCUUUUCUUAAUUUGAAUUUGCCUAUUACUAUCCACUCGCUAUUCUUACAGACAGUGAGGAUAUUAUUUACUAAGACAUAAUGAUUGUUUUAAAUUGAAACUUAAUUAUUAUUUUGAUAUAACUUUAUUUUUUAUUUUCGACGAAUUAUUUUAUUCUGAACAUCUCACAAAUGAUGUUUCAUUAACCAAAAUAAAACUAUAUGCUCUUGUAAAGAUUCGCUAUAUGUAUAUGCAAAAUUUCGCAACCUGUUAGUUUUGAACUAGAUUUUGCCUUUAAAUAUUUGUCGAAUUUUUCGUUAGAACUAUAAGGAAAAAACUUACCUAUCAACAGGAAAUUUGUUCCAUAAAUAGGAUUACGGCUACUUUAAAUGUAUAAAAUAUGAUAUGCUCGAAGGGCCUACAGUUUUCGAAUAUUUGACAGCUUUCGUUAGAACUCUCUAAAGACUACUUCGAAUGUAUAACGAAUGUAAAACUGUAGAGUUCCUGUAUCGGUUACUGUUUGGGACUAAUAAGUGUAUUGAAAUGUUUCCUGUAAUAGUCGAUAAAGAAUUUGAGAGGACAAAAAUAUAUGCUCAGGAAAUUAGUUCCAAGACUACUUCAAAUGUAUAAAAAAUUUAAAAUAGAGUUCCCAUAACAGUUACUGUUUGAAAUUAAUUAUUAGUGCAUUGAAAUAUAUUAUGUAGUAGUCAAUAAAGAAUUUGUGAGGACAAGAUAAUGUAUGUUCAGGAAAUUAAUUCCACACACUGACGACUUCUUCAAAUGUAUAAAAAAUGUAAAACUGUAGAGUUCCCGUAACAGUAACUGUUUGGAAAUAAUUAUUGCAUUUAAAUAUUUCAUGUAGGAGUCAAUUAAGAGUUUGUCAGGACAAGAUAUUAUGCUCAGGAAAUUGAUUCCACAAUCCCUAACGACUUCUUCAAAUGUAUAAAAAAUGUAAAACUGUAGAGUUCCCGUAACAGUUACUGUUUGGAACUAAUUAUUGCAUUUAAAUAUUUCAUGUAGGAGUCAAUAAAGAGUUAUGGCAACGGUUCCUGUGCACAACUAUAUUUUGUAUUAAUCGUAGUCGCUUUCUACGUUUUGAGCGCAACCCACGUAAUGUGAGCUGUUUCUCUUUUUUUUAAGUUAAAAUAAUCACAAACAUUAUGAAUGUAGUGAGGUAUUUUUGUUUGGCGAAUGUACUCUAGAAUUAUUAUGUAUUAAGACUUCUAUGACUAAUGGUUUUUGUGCGUCUGUAUCCAAUGAGCAUUGUGUUACCUUUCAACCGAAAUUAUAUCAAAAUAAUUAUUAAUGAGACAUAUGAAAACAUUUCUAAAUCUCAAGAUGACAGGCGCAGUUCAAUAAGAUCGAGGUUGGGUCGUUGUACACGACGAAAGAAAAUAAUCCUUGCUGACGAAUUCACACACUUAAGAAUAUAAUUUACAAAAUUGACAUUUUUAGAUUUAAACUGAUCCCAGUAAUCUUAUAAUGAAUCUAUUGUUCUUGAUUAUGUUGAAGUAUGUGUCCAUUUAAUUAGUAUUUAACUGUUGAUUAUUUACUUUGUAACACAACAAUAAAUAAAUAAUAAAAAAAUAUAAUAUUCAAUAAUGUAUAUGAUUGAAGGUCUGAUAAACUUUCAGUUAGUUAGUUAUUUUGAAAUUAUUUUAUUAAUUAAUUAAUAAAUAAAGAUUAAGUCACCAAAAGUUUAAUGACUUGAUGUUAUCUGCAUUUCUCAGUAAUAAGUUAAGCGCGGAGAGACAAUAAUCGCAUUGAAAAGCAUUUAAUGUUAAUUUGUUUCGUUUGACGGAGAGUUGAGAUAUUUGUACUUUUAUAAAUGAAAAUUAUGUAUAUAAAUGUAUGUUUGUAUUUUAUUCACGUCAACAUUUAUGGAAAUAAAUUAUGAUUGGUUCAA